AUGCGUCAGCCUCCAAGUCUUCAGUCCCUGAUUUGCUUCUUCCACUCCAUCGCCUAUCUCGAUAGACGUGCAUCUGGCAUAGUGAGAUUAAUGGGAGGAUGUGCAUCCUGGUGGCUCAUGUCGUGCUGGCAAUGGUUCCCAAGACCUGGUCGGCAGCUCGACUCGGGCCUUGCAGCUCCAUCGGAACAACCUUGGAAUCCCGGUGCAGGUACCAUAAGUCUAAGCGUAGUUGUUUCCGAGAUCCCCAGCAACCAUGCCCCGUCGUCCCCCUGGCCCAGCAAGACCACGAAGGUUCGCAAGCGCGCGUUCUGGCAUGGCCGACCCGGCACCUGCUGCGCAAAGGGAGCAUCGCCCAAAGCUCAAAAGAAAGACCUGCCUGGUGCAUCAAAGUAUCGCGCCUUCUCGCGCGUGGUGUUUUGGCGUUUCCUCCCCUCCUCCUCCUCCUCCUCCUCCUCCUCCUGCACGCCCGCACCCUUGCGCAUGUCGUCGUCACUGCCGUCGCAUCGCCAUCCGACCACAACCAACACCACCACCACUACCACAGAGACUCGGAUUCAGAAAAAGCUUCACAAGCACUUGCGACAUUCUGUCGUCCGGCAUUGCGCAGCGCAAUUGUCGUCCACUCCUUUGACCAGUUUGCCAUCCCCGUCCCUCCUCGCGCCCGUCGCAUCGCCUGCAGAUAAGCCUCCUCCACCUGCUGGCCUGGCGCAAUCCACUCCUCGACCGUCCGCGAUGGCCUCAUAG